GUCGUUCAGAAAUUCUUGCAGUACACGGGGAGCCACUGCAAGCACCAGAGCCAUGUAAACAAAAGGCUGAUUUAAUGGAUUUUGGCCUAUAGGUUUUAGGCAAAAUCUGCAGAAAUGGGCAAGCGAGAUAAUAGAGUGCCGUACCUGAACCCCAUAGCUGCUGCCAGGGCCAGAGGACCUGUUCCCAACUCUGGCCCCACCAUUCAGGAUUAUCUAAGCAGACCACGGCCAUCAUGGGAAGAGGUGAAAGAACAGCUGGAAAAGAAAAAGAAAGGCUCCAGAGCUCUGGCUGAUUUUGAAGACAGAAUGAACGAGCGAUGGAAGAAAGUACUGGAGAAAAACAGGGAGAAGGUACUUGGUGGAAGUGAAAAGAAAGACAAAGACAAGAAAAAGAAGGAGAAGAAAAAGUCCAGUAGGCAUUCCUCAUCUUCCUCCUCCUCCUCCUCAUCAAGUUCUGAUUCCUCCUCUAGUUCCUCCUCAGACUCUGAAAAUGAUGAUGAUAAGAAAAAUGUAAAAAAGAAGAAGAAAAGGAAAAGAUCCUCCGCCCGGCGGGCAUCCGGCGACUCUGACAGCGAGUCAGAGACUGAUAGCAGGGAGUCAUCCAAGAAAAAGAAGAAGAAACUGGAUGGAGAGAAAGACAAGGAUGAAAAGGACGGCAGAAUGAAGAGGAAAGCUGAAAGAAGUCACUCAGAGUCCUCGGAUGAGUCUGAUGUGGACCGAGAUGCUGAGUCUAGAAAGAAAAAACGCAGUAGUGAAGAGGAGAAAAUUACAGACAAGUCUAGGAAGAAAAAGAAAAAGAAGAAGCAUAAGAAACACAGCAAAAAGAAAAAGAGGAAGACGUCCGGCUCCGAGUUGGACUGAAGGGCUAGUGAGUGUGGCGUCCUGCACCACAGGCAGGUGGAAAACAGACGGAGCUCUGGCUGGACUGUGGGGGAAAACCCCUUUAGAUGUUUGUCUAAGUGACUCUUAAAAGUGGGUGCUUCUUAGCGCUGUGCGGCUUUGUGGCAGGCUUGGAUGAGAGGAUCGUGUGGUUGGGGAGCUGAGAGGGGUGUGGGGUUCAUUGUCAGGUUUGUGUUUGGUUUUUUUUUUUAAGCAGAUGAUUCUCAGUCCAAAUAAAGGUCAUUUACACCACUGGUAUCUGUGUGCUGAUGUGGAUCUGCAUGAGAAACGCUGGUUUAGAGGCUGUAAAGGCAAUCGAUUUGCAUUAAAUAUUUAUAGAAAA